AUGGGUAUUUUUGAAGGAACUAAUAUUUCACCGGCAGCAAAAUUUACUGCACCAGAUCGUCGCAGCACACAAGGAUCUUACACGAGAUCCUUGAUCCCGUGUCUCAUAUUAUGCUAUUACAUUCCGGGAUUUUGGAUGUUGUAUAAAGACUCUGGGGUACACAGUCACCUUGGAUGGAAAUUCGUCCUUUUGUCUACUUUAUUCCGAUUGUCCCACGUCCAGAUAGCUUCCCUUUUGAGAAGAACCACAGUGAAAGAGCUUAUAAAAACGCCAGAUGCAGACAUGCCUUACAUGAGGAUAUCUUACUACACAUGCGGUUUACUAUCCGGGGCUAUGUCAAUUAUAUGGAGGGCUCUAGCAUCUCGGUCGCUUUGUGCGGGAUCACUCCCGAUAUCACAGGUCCUGUACCAAGCAACUUCCUCCAUACACAUCGACCACCAUGGAAUGACGGGGUAUGUGUGUGGUCUCACGUGGCUUUUAUUUGAGUAUAAAGACAUGAAACUCGCGAAAGUCAUUAGUCUGUCCUGGUCAUGUCUCAUUCUAAUGGGCACGCUCGUCACUCUGGUUUUCGGGCCGGCAGCAGCUUUGAUGCUAGGAUGGGGUCUGAGAGAAGAGUACCUAGCAAAGUAUGCCAUUCAGCACUAA